AACUCAAACACGACGGUUUAAGCGGACACGGAAAGCGGCACCCUCAGCUCGAUGCACGCCACAGCCAGGCAGACAAACAACCUUGGCCGUUAGAACAUAUUUUCGAAUAUAAAACACAAUAUAAAUAAAAACCAUUAAAAGUAAAUAACGACACAUAGAGAAUAAAGAGUAAACAACCAAAAGGGGCUAAAAAUUAAUCAAAAAACCGCAACAAAAACAAAAGCCCAGAGAGACGGACGAGGAGAACUACACAAAAGCCAAAUUGCAAUUUUAGUGAAAGUGCGCUCGUUUGUUUUUUGUGCAUACGUGUGUGCGUGCGAGCGUGUGAGCAUUCCAGCAAAGGUCACAAUUUAUACGAAAAUGUCGCGUGUCAACCAGGAGGAGAUGCAAACAAAAGCAGCUGCCCCCUCACACACACAAUCCUCAAGCAGAGCAUCAGCUGCAGGUGCAGUACCUGGCAGGGUUGGAGGUCGCCAGAUGAUGGCAUUACUCGUUGCGGCCAUUUUGUUAUGUGGCGGUUGGAUUGGCGUUGCCGAUGGCCUCAAGUGCCACAUGUGUGGUCAGUACAAUGAGGGUGUGGGCUCUAUAACGCCCUGCCUCAACUACACCAAGGAUAUUGCACACCUCUAUCUGAAGGAGUGCACCAAGAAGAGCGAGAAGUUCUGUGUGAAAUAUGUGAGCGAACUGUCCACUGUGCGCGACUGUGCCACCGAAUGCGUUGAGAAAGAAAUUUGGGAAACCCAGACUUAUUGCUGCAACGAAGAUGGCUGCAAUGCUGGUAGUAACAUUGGCUACUCAACCAUUCUGCUGGUAGUCCCGCUCUUUUACAUGGUUUGGUCAACUUGCGGCGGCCUUUUGAACGUACAGCGUUAAGUUAUGCUAAGUUGGAAAUUUGAAUUUUGUUUAUGAAUACUAUAUUUUCCUUGGUUCUUUUACGUACACAAAAAAAAAACAGUAUAAUUGUAUGAAGAUAAGCUUUAAAAUUUGUUUUACUUUUGAUUUCACUAUUACUUUGGUAUUAAAAUUUAAAAAAAUUCUGUAAACGGGACCUAAUCAAGCUACUAAAGAAAAUUGAUGACAAAAUUUACUGUUGACAAAAUGUUUUUUCUCUUUUUUUUAUAACUUUCUUCGUUUUUCUGUGUGUGUGAUAAAAACAAACUUAAUUUUUUUUAAAAGUCAUAAAAUACUUGCAUAUUUAAUUGUAUAAUAUUUUGUAAUUUUAACAGUCUUCCCAAUGCAAAAUGUAACUAAUAAUAAACGUAUUUAAUAAUA